AGCUGAACAAAAGGAACCGUGGAGCGGAGGGCAGGAGGAUUCAGAAAUCACAAUCAGGACACGCUAAACCCCCACCAACAUGUCUCCAUCCGACGACGGCGAGGAGACCCUCGCCGCGCUCAUAGAAGCCUCCAGGACCCCGGAGGGCCGGGAGGGCCUCUCCGACGUGCUCGACGACACCCUCUUCCUCCUCCCGGCCUCCCCGUCGCGCCUCCUGCUCCUGCGCCUCCGCCUCCUCCGCAACCUCCUUGCGGGCCACGAGCUCAACCAGUACGCCUUCAUCGAGCGCUGCGGCCCCGCCGCCGUCGCCGCCUCCGUGCUCUCCUUCCCCUCGCUCGCCCCCGACGUGGCGCGCGCCGCGCUCCAGGCGCUCGGGAACGCCGCGCUCGCCGGGGAGUUCCACCGCAACGCCGUCUGGGAGGCGCUCUUCCCCGAGGUGCUGCAGGAGUUCGCGGGGCUCAGGGACCAGGGAGUCCUGGAUCCCCUGUGCAUGGUCCUCGACACGUGCUGCGGCGGGGAAGGCGGUCGUGGGAGGCUCGAGGAGCUGUGCCACGAGGAGCUAGGCCUGCCAAUCCUCGUCCAAGUUGUCACUACGGCCUCGCAAGUGGGGCACAAGGAAGAGUGGUUAGAGUGGCUUCUGUUCAAAGUCUGUGUUGAGGAGCAGAAGUUCGAGAGCUUGUUCUAUGCCUUAUGCUCCACUAAUGAUGUCGAGCACACAGACAGUGGCGAGUAUAAUGCCAAGCAUGUUUUUCUUCUGGGUACACUGUCAAGGUGUUUGAACAGCCACCCCAAAGAAGUUACUGUCUCGGACGGUUUUGCACAUGAUGUUUUCAAUCUACACAAGCAUGCUGCCGAAACUGUGAAUUUUACUCACCGAGGUACGUCCCCUCUUCCAACUGGGAGCCCUGCAAUCGAUGUCCUUGGAUAUACACUGCAGCUCCUGAGGGACAUUUGUGCCUGGGAAUCCACCUCAUCAGAUACUCAACGUCCUGUUGACUCGCUAUUGCAGACUGGCUUUGUACAGCGCCUUCUGAGAUACCUAGGUGAGCUUGAGCCACCAAGUACAAUCAGAAAAUCAAUGGCAGGAGGACAAGGAGAUAACCAUCCAGCUCUUGAAAAUGCAAAGGUCUGCCCAUACAUUGGUUACAGGAGAGAUUUGAUUGCGGUCAUUGCUAAUUGCUUAAACGGAAGGAAGAAGGUGCAAGAUGAGAUUAGGCAGUUAGGUGGGAUCAUGUUGCUACUGCAGCAAUGUGUCAUCGAUGAAGAUAAUCCAUACUUGAGGGAGUGGGGUCUGCUGGCUGUUAAGAACUUGCUUGAAGAAAAUGAAGAAAAUCAGAAGGAGGUUUCUGAACUUGAGAUGCAAGAACCUGUUAUAACUCCAGAGAUUGCUAACAUAGGUCUCAAGGUGGAGAUAGACAAGGAAACAGGUCGUCCAAAACUGGUCAAUACUUCUGAUACCUGAACUCUGACUACAGGCACUGUCAGAAUCAAGGUUAUGUUGAUGCUGUAGAAUACAUGUGCUACCUUUUGGUUGAAAAAGUCUGCAAUUUACUCCGAUGAUGAAAAGGUCUCAUGUAUGUACUGUGGUUAUGAUUGAGAAAACAGAGUUUUGCUACAAGAGUGAUUUGGAUUUUGAGAGAAGUGAUUCAUGGUAAGCAAAGCAGUUGUGUAGAUGUAUGUGGUUGGUGGUCUCGGAAGUGAACUUUGUAUGCGGAAAACGUGGACAUGGGCUAAGCAUGUGGCCCUUCCUGUGUGGAAAUUUUAGUUUUAUGACGUCGAUAGAUUACACUUUCCAAAAGGUGAGCUUGAUAGAAGUAGAUACGCCGACUUUCUGAAAUUCUUAUUUGGUUCUGUGUUAAACCUGGAAUUUGGUAUCCUGUACGAUGCUAGUUCUAAGUUUUUUUAGUUU